AGAUAAACAAAAAAAAUUAAAAAAAAAUAAAAGAAAGAACAAAAGCACCUCUACUUAGGGCCCCAUGCACUGUCUCCUCAGUGGACUGAAAGAUGUGAUUUUCAUCUUUUUUCUACAAACUGCACCCUUCCAUUUUCUUUCCCUUCAAUCUUUUUUUUUUCCCCUCCUAAAUUUUCUUUCCACAAAAAAAAAAAAAUUAAAAAAAUUACUCAAAUGAAUCCUUCAACUAUAGUCAUGACAAAGGAACUGCCCGCUGGAUCGUCACGAUCCGGCGGUGAACAGUUACAAAAUAAUCCCGCGCCUUUGAGUAGGUACGAGUCACAAAAAAGACGAGACUGGAACACUUUCGGUCAGUACUUGAAAAAUCAGAGACCACCUGUCCCAUUAUCACAGUGUAAUUGCAAUCAUGUUCUAGAAUUCCUUAGGUACCUUGAUCAGUUCGGGAAGACUAAGGUUCACUUACAUGGUUGUGUGUUUUUUGGACAACCUGAUCCACCAGCACCUUGUACUUGUCCACUAAGACAAGCUUGGGGUAGCCUUGAUGCUUUGAUAGGGAGACUUAGAGCUGCUUAUGAAGAAAAUGGAGGAUCACCGGAGAAUAAUCCGUUUGGGAAUGGCGCGAUUCGCCUUUAUUUGAGAGAAGUAAAGGAGUGUCAAGCUAAGGCAAGAGGGAUUCCUUAUAAGAAGAAGAAGAAAAGGAAGCUUAAUAGUAAUUCAAUGAAGUCCAUUGGUGGUGGUAGUGCUGCUGCUGCUGAUCAACACAAGAAUUUGAUGCAAGCAAGCUAAAUCAUAUGGAUAUGUAGGGUGGUCACAUGAAUUGGCUGUAUCGUAAGUAGAUAUAUAGAAGAUGUUGCUGCCUGCCAGAAGACAAAUAUCUACCUCAAUACUAGCUAUCUAGCUAGCUAUGUUUUCUUAUUAAUAGGUUAUUAAGUGUUAUAUAUAUAUACUGAAGUCUUAGUCUUAAAUAAUUUAGUUAGAUAAUCAAUUUCUUUCAAUGAAAUAACUGUCUUUUGGAAUUUUGUUAAGGGAUUUCCCAACUGCUGUAAAUUAAAUUACUUCCAAGCUAUUUCGUACUAUAUAUACUUGGCAUCAAGUACAGCAGGAGUCCUAUAUAUAAUAGUUGUAGUAUUUCAUGAGGCAGUUUUUUAUCAGCACUUGGUUAUAUACAGUAAGGUCUUAUUUAUUUAAAGUUUAGCCCAUGUUAUAUA